AUGGUGAGAACUGCUCUUCUUUUUGCCUCUGGGUUUCAGUCAAUCCUAUUGAUCGAGCAAGCAGCGGUUGAGAUUCAAGCUAAGGAUGCGGGGGUCUCUCUAAACUCAGAUCAAAACCUGUCGGUUGAGAAAGCUGCCCCUAUUCCUAUUCCUCAAGCUGAUUUUACCCCUCAAAUCCAAGCUACCCCUACUCCUAUCGAUGUCGCUCCUGCCACUCAGGCUGAUGCAUCAUCUGCUCCUAUCGACGAUGUUCCUACUCCUCAGAGCAAUGUCUCCUCUGUUUAUGCUGAUAUCGUUCCUGUUCCUUAG